AUGGUAUCGGUGAGCUGUGUGACGUGCACCGCUUUGGGGAGUGACAGCGGGUCCACGGGGCCUCGACUGGCGUCGGCAUCACCACCGCUUGCCGCACUUGCCUUUAGCCAUGAUGGCACGCUGGUGGCCUAUGCGGUGCGCCGUGGGAAGGCGCUCCCACGCGAUGGCAAAUGCGAGGACGCGUGCUGCAUCGUGAUCGCCAACACAAACGCCUCUGCGCACUGUGCGUGUAGCACUUGGAGCGUACCCGGCACCGCUGUCGCACCCUUUUCGCAGUGGACAGUGCUGCAGAUUCUCUCCGGCGGUCACGACGCGCCCAUCACCGCGUUAGCGUGGUGCCAGCGCACAGGCGCCCUCCUCUCUACGAGUGCGGACCGCGGUGCGUGUGUCUGGGUGCCGCGUGCGGAUGCGGAAGCUGCAAAGCAGCCUUUGCAAGCGUCGAAGGGGGAAACGCACGGUGUCACUCAUAUCGAGGGAGAAAACGCGCGCUCGCCUUCGGUUGUCUCAGCGGAUGCCCCAUUUUGUGCGGUGCCGCAGCUCGCCGUGCUGAGCGCCGAGGUGCGGCUGUGCCCGACCUGUGUGGCGUGGAGCGCGAAAGGGACGAAGCUGUACAUCGGCACCUCCGGCGGCACCGUCGCCGUUGGCCGCUACGACCCGCGGCAUAAGUGGUGGAUCUGCCGACUCCUCGACGACCACCGCCCCACUCUGCAAGCUGACCUGUCAGCUGAGGCGGUGUCACCAUCGCCUACGCGCGCGUGCUCGGUCACGGCACUGGCAGCGCAUCCCGUCGAGAACGCGAGACUUGCCGUUGCGCGCCUCGAUGGAACGGUGCAAGUCCUCUCUACACACAUCAAGAGCGUAGACAGCGCGCUGGGAGACGCCGGACGAGGUGCACAUGGCGACAGCGCAGGUGCAGCUGCAACGCCUUUUAGUUACGUGUACCUCUCACACCUCCUUCCUUGCUGGGUGUACGGUAUGGCCUGGAGCCCCUCUGGGCAGCAGCUGGCAGUGGUGGGUCAUGACAGUGGCCUCCACGUGUGGGACUGGGGCGCUGCGCCAUCCUCGCCUCUAGGAGGGGGCCGCAGCAGCAAGGGCGACUGCUCCGGCGAUGGCUCUAGCAAAUGUGCAGCAGUGCACACGGCGAUGUGGCUUUGCCAGCUCCCGCUGCUACGGUGCGAGUUCGCCUCGGAAGACGUACUUGUGGCCAUCGGAUUCGAAGGACGGCUUUGCGCCUUCAAGUCGGCAGCAGCGUCGACGCAGCUGGGUGUCCGGAGUCAGCGAACGUGGAAGAUGGUGUCGGAACACGCGGUGACGCAACGGGUGGAUGGCGCGCAGAGUGCUGCGGAUGCGUCGGCGCAUCCGCCGUCUAGUGAAACAGCGCACCUAGCUGCCACGGGCAGAGGGGAUGAGACAACCGCCCGCGGGCAAUCAUCGGCGCCAAGUUCAUCCAGCUCCACAAACAAUAAUGCAGCGGGCUGCGCCAUUGCUUCAUCUGCUCGGCAGCACGUCGCCGAGCGUUCUCCACACACGUCGCCUGUUGACCUGCUGGUACGCAUUCCCUCGAGCGAGAAGGCCUCCACCGCUGAUUCGAUGGACGCAACGUUUGUGUCAGCCGGGCCCGACGGUCCCGUGCACCUCUGGCGAGUGUGCCACACGACCAUCACCGGCAGUAGGGACGUACCCCUUCCCCCUGAUAGGUGA